AUGACGACGCAACAACAAAAAGAUCCUUUUGUGAGUUAUGAAAAAACUAUUAAUUAUAAUAAUAACAAUUAUUAUUAUGGCAAGAGUAAUGAGUCAUCUAAGUCGAUCGCGGAUAUUAUUAUUGACACAAAUGACACACUUAAAUUUAAUAAAGCUUGGAUAAAAGAUUCAUUGGAUCGUACAGUUCUCUUUCGUGGUAUAAAUUUAUCUGGGGCUUCUAAGAAUCCUUUUAAUCCCUCCAUACCUUCUCAUCAAUUAGAAGGAUUCUUUGAUCAUCGGAAUGUCAGUUUUAUUGGUAGACCUUUUCCUUUAUCCGAAGCUGACAAACAUUUCUCUCGUUUGAAACAAUGGGGUUUUAAUUUUUUGAGAUUUAUUGUUACUUGGGAAGCUCUUGAACAUUCGGGACCAGGUAUUUAUGAUACGGAAUUCAUCGAUUUCGUCAUAAAAGUUUUAAUUAAAGCAGGAGAAUAUGGUUUCAAAUGUUUUAUUGAUCCACAUCAGGAUGUAUGGUCAAGAUUAUCAGGAGGUUCGGGGGCACCUGGAUGGACACUUGAUCUUGUAGGCUUAAAUAUUAGAAAUUUCGCUGAUACCGAAGCGGCCAUCGUUCAUAAUACAUAUAAAAAACUUGAUGAAUUUCCAAAGAUGGUUUGGUCAACUAAUUAUUAUAAACUUGUUUCUGCUACAAUGUUUACCUUAUUUUAUUCUGGUAAUUUAUAUGCCAAAAAAUGUGUAGUGGAUGGAGUUAAUAUACAAGAAUAUCUUCAAUCCCAUUUUUGUAACGCUUAUAAAAAAUUGGCGGAAAAAAUUUGUGAAGCCAAAUUAAACGAUUGGGUGGUAGUAGGAUAUGAUACAAUGAAUGAACCUAGUUGGGGAUACGCGGGUAUUAAAGAUUUAAAUAAAAUUCCCAAAUUUCAAGAAUAUCGAAGAGGAAAAACUCCCACACCUUUUCAAACAAUGUUAUUAGGUGAAGGAAUACCUUGUAAUUUACAAAUUUGGGAUAUUGGAUGGUAUGGAUUUGUUAUAGUUGGAGUAGAAAAAGUUGAUCCUAAAGGUAAAACCGCCUGGCUUGAAAAGGAACCUCAAGGAUAUUCAUGGAAGAAAGGUUCCGAAUUUCCACGUGAGGGAUGUAUUUGGAGUGGACAUGGAAUAUGGGAUAAAAAUAGUAAAAAAUUAUUAAAAAAGGAUUAUUUCGCUAAUAAUCCUAAUACUGGAAAACCUUUGGAUUGGAAAGAAGAAUGUUUAAAACCUUUUAUUGAAAAAUAUACUCAAACCAUUCGAUCCGUUCAACCCAAAGCUAUAAUUUUUGUUCAACCCUCAGUACUUGAACCUCCUCCAAGAUUUAAUGAAUCAGGGAGUGAUCGAAUUAUUUAUUCCCCUCAUUGGUAUGAUGGAUUAACAUUAGUACAAAAACAAUUUAAUUGGUGGAACAUUGAUUAUUUAGGUUUUAAACGUGGAAAAUAUAAAUCAUUGAUUCCUGCUAUUAAAGUUGGUGAUAAAGCUAUUAAGAAAAAUUUUGCUGAACAACUUGGUGUUAUAAAAAGUGAUGGAGAAAAAUAUCUAAACAAAAAGGCAUAUAAUGAUGGCGAUUAUUCACUUCAAGUAAAAGCCAUGGAAGCAAAUCUUCAAGCAUUAGAAGCGAAUCUAUUAAGUUUUACAUUAUGGAAUUAUUGUUCCGACAAUGAUCAUCAAUGGGGUGAUCAAUGGAAUGGUGAAGAUCUUAGAUUUAAUCGAACAGGAUUUAAUCGAGGAUUAGAUAUAGGUGGUCGAGCUUUAGAAUCUUUACUACGACCAUUCCCAAUUAAAACUUGUGGGGAACCCAGACAUUUAACCUUUGAUCCUUACAAAAAAUAUUUCGAAUAUAGAUUUACGAAUCCGGAAAAUCCCAAAAACAAUACUCCGACCGAAAUCUACUUACCCAGGUAUCAUUUCAAUGAUGCCGAAGAUUUUAAUGUUUAUCAUAGUAGUGGGAAAUGGAAAUGGGAUAGGGAUUCUCAAUUAUUAUUAUAUUGGCAUGACAUCGGUAAUUCCGGGGAUGAUGAGUAUUAUGAUUCUUAUAAUAAAGAAACUUUAUUUGAACAUAAAAUUAUUGUAGAAAAUUCUAGAAGAUUUUAUGAAGAAAAUGGUUGGGAGGAUUGUUGUUAA